UUUUGUUUAAAUUUGUUGAAUAUUUAACAAUCUUAAAUAAAAAAAAUCAUAUUUCAAUGAAUUGCGCGACGAAUGUUCAUCUUUAGCAGAUGUGAAGGAAUUUUAAAAAGCGAAAGAUGCCUUAAUAUAAAAAUUCAAUAGCUCACAAAACUCUUUACCAGCUGAAUGGAGAUUGAAAGUUUCUACUAAAGACAAAAAACCUACCGCAGGGGAGAAAAGGGUCCAAAAAGAAGCAAUCGAUGGCUCAGUCAGGUGUUACUAGGCGCUGCGUGGCAAUCAUCGUUGACGAAGAUCAACUAGAAGACUAUUCGGAUUUUAAAUUGGAAAUCGAGGAAGUUUCAAACGGUGUUAUUGAAAUCGAGGACUUACAAGAUGUUCAAGAGGCGGAGGGUGUCAACUUCGACGAUAAAUUGCUUCGUUUUCUCAAUCUACGAGACGCCAUUUUGAUGUUUUGCUCCGAUAAAAUGACGGACUGCAUAAACGCGAAAAGAGAAAUUCAAGUAAAUUUUGAUGGAACGGUGAUUACUCUCAACGGGGGAGUUUUGCAUCAAAAUCUACUGAAAGAUAAUCUGCGAAAUAAAGUUGUGUUAGUUUCAAUGAAUUCAAAUUACAGUGUACCCAGCAUUUUGAGUGAGGUUCAAAGAAGCGUAAAAGGAAAGGGAGUUUCGAAAGCAUUUGCCAAUCAAGUUAUCUUCGCUGUCAGGGGAAUUCAAUGAAAGCGCGGUGCCAGAAUAAAAGGGUCUUCUUCAAACAUUAUGUGUUGUACAACAAUAUUACAAAAUAUUCGUUUUAAUACGUACAUGCGUUGACGAUGAUUUACUUUCCUGUUAGUGUUAUUUUACUGCUUGAGUACUUGUAGUCUACCCUUCAGUGUGAUGAUAAAGAACUGAUUAAUAGUCGAUUCGUAAAAAAGAAAAAUGAAUUUCUAUCGCUGCCGUGGCGGCUUUUUGCAAUUUUAUAGAGUACCGUAAAUACUCGAUUAGGCCCUCUCCUUCCAAUACGCACCCACCUUAAAAAUUAAAUAAUUCCCAUGAUGGUUAAUCGUGCAUUUACGAUAUAGCAAAAUUACCGUAUUUCAACCUGGUAUUUAUAACAAACAGCCUUGUAUUCAAAAGUGUCCUUAUCAAGUAAACAUACUUUUCUCCAACCAAUGCUUAAUUAACCCUAUUCGGUCCGGAGUUUUUUCGAACACAUUAUGACCGUCAAAAUGGUGGAAUACACCAACGCGUGAUUACUUGAUGACUGUUAUCGCUUUGCAUAAUGCACACAGAGCAUUAUGUAGAGUAGCAUUCAAUUUAACUUUAGAGGAGUUUGAAAAGCGCAAGUUAGAUGACAGCAGUCAAAAUAUCCUUAUUAAAGUAAAGUACCACAAAACAAGAAGUACGCAUGGCCCAGCGGCUGUCCAAAAAGCAAGAUUACUGGAAUUAUUUGUUAAAUACCUAAGGUCACAGGUACCUCGACAGGCAAAUCAGGUGUUUGUUUCUUGGAAUGGAAAACCGUGGGAAUCUGGCAGUGUCAGUUAACAAAUACACCCCAUUUGGACACGCUCUGGAGUUUACGAUGGUUUUGAAAUGCCGAAAGGGAACAUAAACACUACGAUAAUACGCAAAUCUAUCACAACUCGCGUCCAUGAUCAGCAACCAGAUAACGCACAACCUGUAGCUGAUUUGCUUGCACAUUCAUUGUCCACAGCUAAGAAAGUGUAUCGCCUUAGAGAGCGCGAAAAGCAAGCAGUCGCAGGAAUAAACGUUAUAAAUUCUGUCUUUGCAAGACCAAAACCAGAAUCAACACCAUCCAAACCAAACAAGUGGAGAAAAGACGACGAGGCAAGAGUGGUAUGCUCCGACGGGAGUUGUUUUAUUUGUCAGCCGAUACGACGACAACAACUUCGUGUAGUAUACUGAGCAAACUUGUGCAAACGUUGUGCACUGGCGCGUGUGAUUACAAACAAAAGGCAUGCCAUUUCUACAAUACAUGUUUUCGUUUGGUGCUGCGUUUAGAAUACAUAAAUACUUCAACGAUCAGGGAAAAAUUGCCAUUAAUAGACAUCUCUAAAUCUGAGAAACAAAUUUACGACAAAAUUCGUUCCUAUUUCAUUUACAAUGCAGGUAUUCACUGCAAAGUUGCAGAUACAAGUGGCAACGUUGAAGAUCAAGUAAAAGUAAAAGAAAAUGCCAGCUGCUUUUGAGCUUUGUCCUCCCAUCGAUCCAUCAUUUUAUCAGCAGCGUCUAUCGCUACUGACGUAAUACCACCAACAACAUCGUCUAAUCUUUCUAUUGAAUUCUAUUCUAUUGAAAGCAAUGAAAUCAAAAGUCGCUGUUUUGACAUCAUAAAAGGUGGUCCAAUUUCUGUUGAACGCAUACUGGAAAAAUUGAGUGAAUCAGAAAUUGGUAGAGAAAUUCUGCAAAAAUAUAAAAUGAUGCAAGUCCAGACCAGGCUAAAAUACGAACGAUGAAUGUACAGAAUGAAAAAAACGGUAAAAACAUUUAAGUCAUGGGAAACGAUAUAUUUUUCUUUUUUUCUUUGUUUUUGUUUUUUGACCACAUAGUUUCUGUGACCGCUACGCAAAUUAUGUAUCUGUUUUUGAUGGCAGGAGAAAACGUUAAAAAAUAGUAUGUCUAACAAUAACCUAAAGUUUUAAGGGCUGUAUUGAAAUUAGUUUAGUAUUUUUAUUAAUAAAAAGAUAACGAUUGCUAUCUAUAGAUUCAUCUAGGGGAGAUUUUCUACGCGUAAAUUAAGGCUGUAUCUUUCCUAUACAUGUCCGCGCAAAUGCAAGUUUAAUUAAUUUCUGUUUAAAUUUGUUCUGUGCUUUCUGCAUCUCCAUUAAUGGUUUUCCGAGAAUCCUUUUCAAGUUUUCGCAAUAACGGCUUAAAGUUGUCAAUGUAACAAAUCUCCCCUAUAUCGAAAAUGGGGCCUAAAUAAGGCCAAAAGACAAAACAGCUGCAUACAUCAAAAAGAUAUAAAUCUUGACAUUAAUAGUUAUCUCAACAUAGACUGAAAUUACGCUUCAGUGUUUAGUAACGCUAAAAAUGAAUCAUACGAAGGCGAGUUCAGUCUGGUUCCAAAUAGUUCUGGUUAUGUUCAUAAUUCAUUUUUAGAAGAUUUAAGGACAUCUUGUGAUGUAUUUCAGUUAUUCAUGUUGCAGGGCAUAUGGAGAACUGUAUAAAUUGCCAGGUCCGGCAGUAAAAACUACUUCCUAUUACAGCAACAAAAAUUGGUAGGCUAAAGCCAUUCUAAACGGUGCAACAAAAGCCAAGAUAUGGGUUAGGGGAA